GUUGCUUCUCACUGUGUCUGUUUACUACUUGAGUGUUUGGGAUAGCCAUGAAAUUGCUGCCCGAGUCCACCUCCUUCCUGCUGUUUUUGCUGCUAUUGGUCGAGCUUCCGGUCUUAACGAUGUCUCGUCCCACCCCUGCAAGACCGCACAAAGAUGGUCUGACGACACUGCUUAAGCAGAUGCAUCAGCUGCUGAACCUAGUGCAGAGAGUGCUGAGCAACUUCGACACUCAUCUGCCAUUUGAGCAUAAGAUCCCUUCCCUGCCUACUAUAAACUUCAGGCCAAAAGACCUUGCAGCAGUGGAGGCCGAUACAACUCUGUCACAGCUGUCUGCCGGCCUUAACUCUUUCAAGUUACAUUUUGACUGGCUGCUGCACUGGGAGAACCAGUCUGGCUUGGUAUCAGAUGAAACCAAGGCAAUCGCUGAUCGCAUCCAGUUUAUCAACACUCUGGUCCACAGACAGAUGCCACAGUUGCCUCCCCAGAGCACCACUCUUUCACUGCCUGCUCUUAACUCUGCCUGGGAAAUGUUCCAGACAUCUGCAAUAGUCCACAGAAGACUGGUGCAGUUCUGUGACUGGUAUCUCAGAGCUCUUCGGGUCCUCUCCCACUAAGCGAACAAGAGGCAAUAGCAGAUGCUUCUAAAGGACACCAACAACACAUGAUUUCCAAUGUGUGAUGUUAGAUCUCAAAGAAAAAGGCUAUGACAAAUGAUUCCUGCUUGCCUUAAAGUAUCUUGCCAUAGGAUGUUUAUCAGGCUGUGCUUCGGAACACAGCAUUUAAAUGGCCUAAAGAAGAUAUGUUUCCUCCCAGACACAUUUUACAUGUGAACAAAUUCCUAUUUAUGAUGCUACUAUUUUUCUAUUUAAGUCUUAAGUUAUGUAUUUAAUAUUUAAAAGUAUUUAUUGAGGUACAUUGUGUUUACAAAUGAAGUAUUUUUAUACAUGGUGAAUGGAUGAAAACGCACUUUAUGUGAACGCCAGGAUUUUUUCAUGAGGGCUUUGUGUUUUUUUAAUGGGGUAAGAAAACAGAUGAAGACUGAAGCACAGACAACUCUAUCAUUAUAUCUCUCUAUCAUUAUCAUUAUCAUAUCUUUAAACUAGAAAAUCCUGCUCUGGAGACCACUGUGGCACCGUCCAAGGAGGCGAGUAGGCACAUUACCAUGGAUGUAGCAAUGGUUGAAGUUUUUAAUGUGGAUUGAAUGUCCCUUUAAAGAGGGUAUUUUGUUUGUGAUAUGUUUGUUUGUUUGUUUAAAACAGCAGAGCAGUGUUUCUUAAUCCUGUACACUGUGUACAGUGAGUCCCCAGGAGCAGUAUAAGAAACAAUAGAACAAAAUGAUAAUAAUAAAAAAAAAAAAAAAUAGUUAAUUGUAAAGAAGUUUUGUUUUGGUCAGUCAGUUGAUGCUGGGCUGCUUGGCUGCUGCGUCAUGUAUUAUUUAAGAUGAAAAUCUUUACCAUUGCAUUUCAGUUGAAUAAUUCAUUUGGAGUCGGUGUUUAUAACUCACUCUUAAUUAGUAGUGGCAACUGCUACGAUCUAUUUUUACAGAGAGAAAGUAUAGGGGACCACUGAUCAGUCUUUGCAUAUAUUUGGUCCUUAAUGCACCCCACAUCACAGCUAAAUUGUAUAUUAUAUUCCACAUCAAUUAGUUUAAACACACAGUAGAGCUAUGCCAGGCACAUAUCGAAAAGACAAACUGUUGUGGAAAUAAAUUGGUUGUUAUAGCUUAUAAUCAUGUAGCUGGGUUGCUAUGCCUGCUGUACACUGUGUAAUGUAGGAGACUGUAUGGAUGCCACUCAGU